UCCAUUCUCAGCCGUAACAACAGAGAGAGAACAAAGAUGCAGAUUUUCGUGAAAACCCUAACGGGUAAGACCAUAACCCUAGAGGUCGAAUCAUCGGAUACCAUCGACAAUGUCAAGGCCAAGAUUCAGGAUAAGGAAGGAAUUCCUCCGGACCAGCAACGUUUGAUCUUCGCCGGAAAGCAGCUUGAGGAUGGACGAACCCUAGCCGACUACAACAUCCAGAAGGAAUCCACUCUCCAUCUUGUACUCCGUCUUCGCGGAGGAGCAAAGAAGAGGAAGAAGAAGACCUAUACGAAGCCAAAGAAGUUGAAGCAUAAGAAGAAGAAGGUGAAGCUUGCUGUUCUUACCUUCUACAAGGUGGAUGAUUCAGGUAAAGUUCAGAGGCUUCGAAAGGAAUGCCCUAAUGCUGAUUGCGGCGCUGGAACAUUCAUGGCGAAUCACUUUGAUCGUCAUUACUGUGGUAAGUGUGGUCUCACUUAUGUUUAUCAGAAGGCUGGCGGCGAUUGAUUUUAAUUUUUCAGAUUUAUUUUUUGAUAUGGUUCUUUAAACUCUUUAUGGUUGAUGCAACAAUAGUUGAUUUGAAUGUUUUACUUUGAUUUCUUAUUAAAGAUUCUUGCUUUAUUUUCAGAACUGAAAGUAAUAUGAGAUUUUGAUUUUUCAUUUGA